AUGGAUAAGUCAUUCUUAUUUUUAAUUAUAACAACAUUAUGUUUUCAAUAUUCUGGACAAAAUGCAGUGGACAGUAAGGUUUUAAGCACUAUAAUACCAACCACUAAUGUUGAAAAUGAUAACUUAAGAACAACAAAUAUGAAAGAUAACUCGAUACCAAAAGCUAUAAAUAAUUUUGGAUAUAAUUUACUAGUCAAAAUGAUGAACGAAAGGAAAAACGAAAACAUCGUAAUUUCACCAAUAGGUGUCGCUGGUCUGCUUGCCAUGACACUACUCGGAAGUGUUGGGAUGACACAUGAUGAAAUCGCAGAGACCAUCGGAUUUUCCCAAGAUAUUCUACUAAAUCGCAGAAACCACGAAUAUUUCGGCGGACUACUACAGAGUUUGAAUAUGAACGAUUUAUCAAAAACUUUGUACGCUGACGCAAUAUUUGUAGACAACCACGUGCAAUUACGAGAGUUGUACAGAAGUUAUCUGCAUGGUGUGUACGGAGGCGAUGUGUUACGUACUGACUUCCAAGAAACCGAAGAAUCUAAGAACAGUAUCAAUGAGUGGGUGAGUAAGCACACGGAAGGAAACAUUGAUGAAUUUUUGAAAGAUUCUCUGCCUCCUCAUACUAAAGUAGUACUUUUAACUGCACUGUACUUUAGUGGUAGAUGGAAACAACCGUUUGCACCGCAAUUCACAAGAAAGAUGGGCUUCAAAAGGGCCACAGAUGAAGUUAUGGCUGACAUGAUGUUGAAUUUCGGGGAGUUUCGUUACAAAGUUUCUGAGGAAUAUGAUUUCCACAUGAUAGCAUUGCCAUAUAACGACAGUGAAACUUUCAUGUAUGCUUUAAAACCAAUAUCUCACAAUAAAUUAACAUUAUCGGAGCUCAUGGCAAAUAUUACCAACAAAGUUAUUGAUGAUACAAUCAAUGAAAUGGAUGUGAAAAAUUGUGUGAUUCGUUUCCCUAAGAUGAAAAUCAAAAGUACAACAAAGCUUGAGAGCACAUUGCAAUCUAUUGGGAUACAAAGUAUGUUUGUACCAGGCAAAGCAAACUUCGCGCUUAUGGUAAAUGGAACUAAUGAGUUUGUGAAUGAAACUGAAGGACAGACUGACAGAUAUACAGACAAUGGAAAUUCAAGCAUUUUGGACAGUCUACCCAAUCCCGGAAUACAUGUAGAUUCCAUAAUUCAUGAUGUAAAGUUAACAAUUAAUGAGUUUGGGACAGAAGCAGUAGCUGCAACAAGUGGAACACUAACACGGUCAGCUGAAAGUUUCUAUGCAGAUUCUCCAUUUUACAUUUUCAUUAGAAAUGAAAGAACUAAACUAGUGACCUUCAGUGCUGUUAUAUUUGAUCCAACUGAAUAA